AUGUCCAAAGACGUGUUUGCGGAUUUGCUGAAAAAUUCCGCCAAAUCCAGGCCUGCCGCCAACAGGACGCCGCUAGCCCAGCAGAAGCCGCCGCCUGCACCGCCUGCGCCGGCUCAGACCGCCCUCGACGUGGAUUUGCUCGACCAGCUGUCCUCCCGCGCAAGCCCCAGCAGCACGCCCCAGCAGCAGUCUUCUGACGACUUUGAAAAGCUGUUUGACGUCUUCAAGGCGCCGGCCAGCGAGCCACAGCCGGCCGCUGCCGACUCGUCCACCCCGGCACCCGAACCGAGCGGCACACCUCCUGAAUCGCGCCCUCCGCCACCGACAACCUACGCCCAGCUCGUGGAUAUGGGCUUUUCCGAGCAGCAGGCCGCAGACGCCGUCCGCAACACAGACACUUUCGACGCGGCGAUUGCGUAUCUUCUCGACGCCGCGCACCAGCACAGCCAGCCGGCCCGUCACAACACGGCAGCGCCAGAGGACCUGGGCGCCCUGGUGAAUGAUCUGUCCGCAGAGCUCAUGUCCAAGGCGUCGUUCUUGCUUAAUACGGGCAGAAGGAAACUGAAACAGGGCAUUGAGAUGUACCGGCAGCACGAGCGCAGGAAUGAACCGGCAUGGAUGCGUAACCAGGCCAAGUAUAAAAACGAGGGCUUUUCAGAGGAGGAGGAGAUCGAGAGGGUGAGAAAACUCGAGGAGGAGUGGAGACAGCGUGGCCGCAAAGGAGAAAAUCGGGAAGAGAGCAAGCCGUCGAGCAAAGAGUCAAGCAAAGAGUUGACACCGUCCUCGAGUGGCUCUCCGGCGGCGGCGCCUGCUCCGCUGCUCGAUUUCGGCGACGAGCCGGCUGCCACCUCUGGCAGCCAAGAGUCCACCACUCCACCCGUCCCGCCCCACUUCCAGACCCUCAGACAGCAGGGCAGCGACUACUUCGCCAAGGGCGACUUUACAAGCGCGCUCGAGACAUACCAGCGGGCGCUCGCACAGCUGCCCGAAAACCAUCUCUGCCGCAUCAUUGCAUACUCCAACCUGGCAAUUGUGUACUCGCGCCUGGGAGAUGCGAAGAAACAGCUGGAGUCCGCGGAGAACGGCGUGGCACAGGCCGCUCGUGCCGCGAGCGACACAAAAAUAGACGACAAGCCGGUGAAAAGCUAUUGGAUUAAACUGGUGGCUAAAAAGGCAGAGGCUCUGGAGCAUCUUGAGCGGUUCAAAGAGGCGCUCGAGGCCUACAACCUGCUGAUUGAGAAUGGCGGGUUCUCCAAACCCGUCAUGGACGGCAAACGAAGAUGUUUGAACGUGCUGCAACCGCAGAAACCGGCCAAAAAACCGGCCAAAAACCCGUCAUCCGCGACAACACCCUCUGCGACCGUCUCGCGCGUCAAGGAACACCAUCGCAAACAGGAGUCGCUCGAGGAUGAGAAGUUCGCGCUCCACGACAAGGUCGAACAGCAGCUGCAGAGCUGGAAGGCUGGCAAGGAGGACAACCUGCGCGCGCUGCUUGCAUCCUUGCACCAGAUCCUGUGGCCGGAGCUGGGCUGGAAAACCGUCGGGCUGACAGACCUCGUGCUAGAUAAAAAGGUCAAGCUGGUGUAUAUGAAGGCCGUUGCCAAGACGCAUCCGGACAAGAUUGCGAGCGAGACGUCGACGGAGCGCAAGCUGAUCGCGAACGGCGUUUUCAUCACCCUUAACCAGGCCUGGGACAGGUUUAAGGAGCAGAAUAAAUAG